CUCUCUUCAAUCCAAGAAAGCUUUGAUUCUUCAAGUUUUAUUUAUAUAACAAAUGUGAGGAUGAUAAAUGGACUCUUCUUUGCAAUAACUCCAUUGGUCCUUCUCUUUGUUUUAUACAUACAUAUCAGCUUCUAUAUUAGUGUUCUUAUUGAAGAAGAUUGUCAAGACCUACAUUAUACAAGCAGAUUGAAGACAUGGAUUAUAGUCUUCUUCAGUUCCUCGCAAUCUUUCUCUUGCAUAUUUUCCUAUGUUCAGGUUCAAGUGUUUCAGAGAAACCUCCUCUGGAAGAAAUUAAUCAAAAGAGUAAACAAAACAAUCAAGAAUUCCGGGUACUCUUCGCACCUUCGAUAUCCACCACAGUACUAGCAGAUGAUAUUCCCAUUGUCAACCCUACGACCCCAGGCACAACAACUCCAAACCCAACAUCCCCAUCAACAGAGCCGACCACCAACCCUACUACCCCGACCACCACUCCGGCAGCACCGAUCACAACUCCAACGACCCCGACCACGACUCCAACAACCCCAACCACAACUCCUGCAACAUCAGGAGGAAGCUGGUGUAUUGCAAAUCAAGGUGCUUCACCAACUGCUCUACAAGUAGCUCUAGACUAUGCUUGUGGAUAUGGAGGUGCAGAGUGCUCAGCAAUUCAACCUGGUGGAAGUUGUUAUGACCCCAACACUGUUCUUGACCAUGCUUCUUAUGCUUUCAAUGAUUACUACCAGAAGCACCCAGCUCCAACGAGCUGUGUUUUCGGAGGAACAGCUCAGCUUACCAAUACCGACCCAAGUAGUGGAAACUGUCACUACGCAGCAUCCUCUCCGACAAGUGUGACUCCGCCGGCCAGCAUAACACCACCAGCCACCCUAACCCCGCCCACUACCACGACCAUGAGCCCGCCCCUUUUCAUGACUCCACCAACUUUUACAGGACCAGGUGGGGACGGUACGGUUUAUGGUUCAGCAGAACCAACAGGACUCCCCAGCUCAGCCACCUCUGUGUCAUUCAAUUUGUGGCUGAUCUUUGCCACAAUAGGACUUGCGUGGUCACUUGUCACAGCAAACAAGCUCUAGGCAGGACUCCACUUUGAGUUACUUUUCCAUGACGAGAUUGCAAUUCCUUUGCUUGCCAGCAAGCUUGAGAAUCAACAAUGAGAUAUUUAUCUCAAAAGGACUAGACUUCUUGAUCUAUGCAUACAUAAAAGCUGAGUAAGAAGCCCCGGGAAAAAAUGAAGAAGAGCAUAGAAUCUGUUAGGUUCUUGUACUGGUAGAUAAGUUAUGAUAGCUGCUUUCUCAGAAUCAAUGUUAGCGCAAUAAAUUAUUAUAGAAGCCCUCUGGCUCUAGGAAGGCUUUUCCGGUAUUGGAAACCAUCUCAGACUUAGCUAGUGCAUUAAUAGAUUUAUUUCCCUUCUAAUGUAAUCUUAAUUUAUACUUAUUCAUCAGCCAGCAAAUAAAUCCAUACCAAACUUUUUCAUUUC